CUGUGAUAGGCGGGUCAUUCGGCUGCUGCGUGAGCGUGGACUAGGCAACAGUCCCAUACGGGUCAUCAAACAACUGCGUGAGAACCACAGCGAGGAGUGGCUGCAGCGUCUGGCCCGGUAAACCACCCAAUGUGUGGACUUCCUCAACCGACCCAGGGUGUUGCCAAUAAAAUUCCAGGAACCCCCAGAGCCUACAGUGGUGCCAAGCUGCAAGUGGCUGCUCACAGUGUACAGCCAAGACAUCCUGACAAGGCUGGAUGAAAUCCAUGCAAGGAUAACAUUCACGUAUGGUUCAGUCUUAAAGAUGGAUUCCACUAAAAAGAUCACUAAGAAGUUGGCUGGGACAGCGAGGGGAAUGGGACUCUGGUUUACCUCUGUUGGCAACGAGUUUGGUCAGGUGCUCAUAAGUGUGCUGACAGCCCAGGAAGGAGCAGGACUGGACAUGAUGGUAGAUGGUUUGGUGAAAAGGUACCAGCAGGCUGGCGUGGAUCCACCUGCUGUUUUGUAUAUAGACUGUGGCUGCUGCACUGAGAUGGGCAAGACCAAGCUGAAAACUAGGUUCAGAGGUUGGCCAGAUCUCAAGAUACGCUUGGACAUCUGGCAUUUUAUGUGCAGGAUUGCCUUGGGGUGUACAACUGAUGCCCAUCAGCUGUAUCCUAUCUUCGUGUCAGCGUGCAUUUUUGAGUGGGAUGUUUCUAUGCUUCGCAAAGCAAAGAGAGAGCUGCUGAUGUCCCAGGGUUGGCCUGCGCUGACAGAUGAUGUCAACAAGCAUCUUACCAGGGAGGAGCUGUCUUUCCAUUGCCAGAGGAGGACCCAUGGAGAGGAGACUACCAUCCUUCUCUUUGAGCAGCUGCUUACAGAGCUCCUGAGCAGCAAGGGCAAUGACUCCCUGGGUGUAUCUCUCCUGGACCAAGAAAGGAUGGAGCACAUCUGGAGUGUCCAGAAGAAGCAUGUCAAAUGCAUUCAAGACCCCCCUGGUGUUGUGCUCUAUACAGAGACAGGGAGCUUAACCAAGGGAGGUGUGUUUCUGAAGACAUACAGAUGUGCCAGAGGCUUUUCCUUUCAUUUACACCUGAACUGUUUCAUCCAAGGGACCAGUGCCAACAGUCUGAGCUUUCAGAUUUAUCUGCUGGAGGGUCUACACAGGUGGAACCAGGACCGGGAGGCUGCUUCCCUGUCAUCGGAGCCAUCAGCUUUGCGCAGCUACACAGGAGAAAUUGUUCACUGUGUGAACAGUAAUUAUGAAAAGCUGUUGGGCAGGAAAGUGGUCCCCACGUUUUGUCCCCCUGCAUGUUACACUAGUGAGCUCAUUGGAGUGCAUUUGUUCCAGCAGACUGGUCAGGCACUGCAGGACAUGAAUCCAGACUCUGAGCAGACUGCAGAGCUCAUUGAUGGCCUCUGUUUGGAGGAGCAAGAUGAAGAUGAGGGCUUCUGUGACAUCAGCGAGGAUCACACCAUUAUAGAUCCGGAGACUGUUCUGUCACCACCCUCCUCCACCCUGACACCCUGGUCACCAGCAGUGCCACCUCUAUCCUGGGCUCCUCAUCCCCAUCACUCGUCCCUGACCCCACACAUAGCCUCACACAGUCUCCAUCACCUGGACCCUCAGGGAUUGCUGUCCAACCUGUUCCCUCUGAAGCAUCUAUUUCACCUCUCCCCUCAGAACCAGAGGAUACGGGUCAGGAUUAUGAUGAUGAUGAUGAUGAUGAUGAUAGAGAGAUGGCUCUUGACUACCAAAAUGUGCCAGGAUUCCAACAUGUGGACAGGCUGGUGGAAUAUCUGUUGGAAUAUCAGAACCUGGAUGAACGGGACAAGCAACGGGUGGUCUAUGCAUCUCGACCAGAGGAGACUGCCAAGUGGACGCUUCAGAGUACCAAAGAGGCCCACUCACCCUGUAGUAGAGAGCACCAUCAGAUGUGUGCUGGGUGCGAGCAGUGCACCUGCUCAAUGGCUUGUUGCCGUCUGGUGGAGACCAUCUUCAUCAGGCUUUGCUCUGUCCUCCCAAGCCCCAAAAGAAAAGGCAAGGGUACCCUGUCAAGAUGGUCUCUGAUUCUCCAAGACUAUCGAAGGAUUAGGCAGCUUGUUCUUGGAAAUGGCUUGGUGAUGGGAGGAACAUCAAUGUAGCUGGUGGAGCUUAACCAGAACACCCUGAUUAAUUGGUAUAACAACAGACAGAAGAAGCAGGAGCUGUCUGUGCUGGUUCAGGGCAUUCAGUUGCCUCAACCCCUCCCUGAAGCUCAGGAGCCUCUCCAGGUUGCCAAACGCCUAGGCACUGAGCAAGAACAACCAGGGGACCAGCACCAGUACAAGCUACCAGAGAGUACAGCGGGUCAGGCAAAGCAGAGGUAGACUUCUGUUGGUCGACCCCCUCUCAGACCCAAGGCCCCAGUGCAGAGUCAGAUGUUGGUUACACCAUCAGCACCUGGAGCAUCACUGUAGAUGGUAUCAAAUUUACUCAUACCGGCAGGUUUCCAGGGUGUGCCAAUGUUCCAGGGAGUGCAGAUGGUCCAAAGAAUGCUGAUGGUCCAGGGAAUCCCAAUGGUCCAAGGAGUCCUGAUGAUCCCGGGAAUGCCAAUCAUGCAGCCACUGUUACAGCCAACAGCUGUACAGGGCAUCAGCUCACAGCCUGCUGCACCAGUUGCCAAUCCAGGAGCCAUGCCCAAGAGACCCUAGAGGAGAACUUUAGAGGCAAACCCCUGUAAAAAAUGCGGGCAAUUCAAAACAAGUGCAACUGGACAUAGCCAGUACAGGGUAUUAUUGUAUAUGUAUCGUAUUGUAUAUAUGUAACAGGGUUAGUGUGAACAGUUGUUUAAUAGAGUUCAUCAUUGGUAAUACUUGUGUUAAGUUACUUGUGUUUUUUUAAAAGUCAUUUAACACUUUGUUUAACUUUUUAUUUAUUGUUUUUGAAAACUUAUUUAACUUUCCAUUAAACUUAUUUAAAAAAAAAAAAAAAAACUUAUUUAA